AUGUCUGAUCAAGCCUGCAAGCCGGCGAUUCACUUCCCAUCCCCGCUACCGAGAACGCAAAAGGCACAACAAUCGCUGCCUGCGCUCUUGGAGGCCUUUAUCUCCUAUGUCGGCAGGACUCUGUUACAAGAUGAUAAGGUUGUCUCGUACCCAGACCUGGAAGAUGAUAAGGAGGAAUACUUGUAUCUUGUCAGCCCUAAGAUUAAUCGCGAGACGCCGAAAGAAUCACGUUUAAUGUUGAGGUUGCCGACAAGGUAUUCAUUAGUAUCGUGCCUCGCUCAUCUGAGAACGAGGACCGAGAGGGGCCGUAUGACACCGUCGUCCUCUGUGUUAAUACUGCAGACGACACUAUCUGGUAGCCAAACACAUCCACGAAACCGAUAUUCCGGCUAA